AUGAUUUUACAGUUUUCUAUACUGAUUUCCUGUCAACAGGCAUUAAUUCAUUGUCAAUUAAAUCUCUACAAUACUGAUCGAACAAUGGAUGAUACUUCUUUGCAAUACGAUUGUCUAUUCUAUCGAGUACGGUAUGAAAAACUAACAUUUCAAGAGCUAUCAAAUAUAAUUGAUAACACGAUUCCAUAUUGUUUUCGUCCUGACAAUAAAACAGGAAUGUUCAUCUCAGAUUUAAAAAGUUUCAGUGAUCACAUUUUUACUUUUGAUGAAUUACGUCGUCAUAAUAUUACGACACAACAACUACUUUCGUGGUCUGCUCCAAUAGAUCUUGUUGAACAGUAUCAAUUCUAUUUAGAUGAAUCGAAUUCUUCUCUAUCUUUAUUAUCGAAUGAACUAUUCUAUAAUUGUACAAAACCAUGGUUUGGUCUUCGAUGUCAAUAUUCAUUUGAAUUUAGUGAAGAACUAUCCAUUUCUAAUAUAGUUGAAGCUGAAUUUUUUAGAAAAGCAUCUUAUUCCGAAUCAUCUGAAAUUUUAAUCACAUUACCUUGUUAUGUUCAUCUUAAAUGUGAUCGUGGUGGACCUCUAUGUCUCGAUUGGCGUGAAGUAUGCGAUGGACGUGUUGAUUGUCUUGACGGUGGUCUCGAUGAAGCAUUCUGUUUCGACAUGGAAAUUAAUGAAUGCAGUGAAACUGAAUAUCGGUGUCAUAAUGGAUUAUGCAUACCAGAAGAGUUUUGGAACGAUGGUAUAGGUGAUGCUGAUUGUCUUGAUCGAUCCGACGAGAUAGCCGAUGUCGCAUAUCCAAGAUCUUGUUUUCAAGAUCCAACAUUUCGUUGUGAAGAACAUGCUUGUCGAACGAAUUGGCAUCAAUUUCCAUGUGGUGAUGGACAAUGUGUUCAAAAAUUCGAUAAAUGUCAUAAUGGACGUCAUGCUCUACUAAUUAAAUCGAUGACUUUGCAAGGUGACUUGCCAAACAAUUGUUGGAUUAUGAUGAUUUGUCUUACCAUGUUGAAUAAUGAAGUCAAUGGAAUAUCAUGUGAGUCAUGGCUAAUGAACGAUUCAGUUAUUAAAUUUCUUCAAACGUGUGAAAUCAUUUUUCAAUUUCCAAUAAUACCUGUUCAUUUUGGUCAUCUUCGUUUUUUAUAUGAACGACCUGAUCUAAAAUUCAAUCAAAGUUCAUUCCUAAUGCCCGAUUAUAUUUGUUAUGAUCAACUGCAUUGUGAUUGUAUAAUACCAACAUUUUUUCACAGAAAUCUUACAUGUCUACAUAGUUAUCGAUUACAAUUGCAAGCAAGUAUAUCUGGACAUCCUUGGAUUGAUAUGAUUUUAGAAAUUAAUUCUUAUUUUUCAUCUUGUUUAAUCUUGCACACAUUUUCUGAUAAGAAAGCUAUCUAUCACAAUUAUUCAUUACUUCAUCACUGUCAAAAUUCUGCUAAAUACAUUUCGAAGCAUCGUAUUGCUGAUGAAAACAAAGAUUGUUGUAUGGGUGACGAUGAAGACAAUCGACUCAGUUGCUUAAUCAAUGAUAAAUAUAGAGUUAAAUGUCCUAAUCAAAGUAUUUGUUUAUCACCAUUACAUUCGAUUCACGAUUGUCCAGAAUCUCAAAAUCAAUAUCAUAACAAUGUUCCUUUUCAUAUAUUUUGUGACGGCUUUGAAGAACAUUUCUUUGAAGAUUUUAAUGGUCAAAGUUAUACAGAUGAAUCUGAAUGUAACUAUUGGCCAUGUAAUAAUAUUUAUUCAAGAUGUGAUGGUUUCUGGGCAUGUCCAAAUGGAGAUGAUGAAGACAAUUGUCAUCCUAAAGUAUGUCCUUCUGAAAUGCAUCCAUGUAUAUCACCAACUAACUAUUCGUUGACUUGUCUAUCUGCCAAGCAAGUCGGUGAUGGUAUUGAUGAUUGUCUUGGAGCAUCUGAUGAGAUUCACUUUUGUCGACAAUUGUAUCCUUUAAAGAAAGAUUAUGAACGUUUUCGUUGUAUAAAUAGCGAUCUAUGUUUACCGGCAUCAGAACUUUGCAAUAAUAUACAAUCAUGUCCACUUGGUGAUGAUGAAAAAUUUUGUAAAAAUCAUCGAUUUAUCUGUGAAGAAGAUUCAUCUAGUAAUCAAAGUUUAAUUGAAGAUAUUCUUUGUCAAGUAAGUGAAUAUAAGAGAAGAAGAAUCAUACAUUUCUCUAUUCGUACUGCACUUGUCUAUCCUCCGUCAUUAUCUGCAAUUAAAGAUUCGACUUUUAUGCCAACAGAACAAUUUAAUAAUAAUAAUAAUAAUAAUAACAAUAAUAACAAUAAUUUUAAAACGAUCGAAUCACGAACGAGGAAUUAUUCAUUGUCACGGGAUUGCCAUCGAGGACUUACCACUCGUAUUUGGUUUGCCAACGAUCUAUUUACAUAUGGAUGUAUGUGUCCACCGAGUUAUUACGGUAAUUUCUGUCAAUAUCAAAAUGAAAGAGUGAGUCUUACAUUAGGAUUGAUUAGAGCUGAAAAACAUGAUGUUUAUGCUAUUGUUGUUAUGUUAAUCGAUGACAAUGAUGAACGUCAAAAAGUUGAUUCAUAUGAUCAGUUUGAUUAUGCACCAAGUCGAAGUUGUGGAAUUAAAUUAAAUCGUUAUCUUCUAUAUUCGACAAGACCAAAAACUAUCUCGAAGAAUUACAGUAUACAUAUUCAUACAUUUGAAAAGCAUACUAUGACUUAUCGUGGAAGUUGGCAUUUAUCUGUACCUUUCCUAUUUUUGCCUGUUAAUAGAUUAGUUACACUGCUUAUCAUUCCCUCUUAUCCCAUUUCGAUUCUAUCCGACUGUUCAAUCACAUGCGAACACGGUGAAUGUAUGAAAUAUUUAAAUAAAGAUAUAUACUUUUGUCGAUGUUUUUCUGGUUGGUCAGGCGUUCGAUGUAAUAUAUCGAUGAAUUGUAAAAGUUGUUCUGUUGGUUCAAUCUGUGUUGGUAUAGUCAAAAAUCGACCAAUAUGUGUUUGUCCUAUGACUAAAUUUGGACCACGAUGUCUUCUUACCUCGUUAUGCACAAUAAAUGCUUGUGAAAAUAAUGGUAAAUGUAUUCCAACUGAUCUAAGUGUAUCUGGCAAUGAUUAUUCUUGUAUUUGUCCUGAUCAAUAUUUCGGAUCUAAAUGUCAAUAUAUUAAAGUUAAACUCGAUUUAUCUUUUGAGGAUCUAGAUAUUCCAUCUUAUGUAACAGCUUUUUUCUUUACUAUUACAGAACAAUCAGAACCUACGUUUUCUAUUAUGCUUCAAAAGUUAACUCUUUUCCAACGUAUUAUAACAUUUCGUAUUUCAGUUGCAUAUCACAUGGCGGUAAUUAAAUCUAAUGAUAAAUUCUAUCUUGCCGUAGUUCAACAAUCUCCAAAGUCUGAUAUUUUUACGUCAAUUAAUCCUAGACGAGAAUGUUUUUCCAUAGAACAUAUAUUUAAUUCUACUAUUAUGAAAAUGCCUCGAUUUCAUCGAAUUAAAUUUUAUCAUAUUUCGUGUCAAACUAAUUUUGAUUUGAAUUGUUUUAUCGACGAAACGUAUUUAUGUUUAUGUACCCAUGAUCAUCAUGCAAAUUGUGUUAAAUUUGAUCGUCAUAAAAAUCUUGAAUGUCCAUCAACAAACUAUUGUACAAAUGGUGCACAAUGUCUUCAAGAUCAUCCUAAUUGUCCAUCGACAGUUAUUUGUGUUUGCAACGAAUGUUUCUUUGGUAGUCAAUGUCAAUUUUAUUCGAAAGGUUUCGGUUUAACAUUAGAUGAAAUUUUAGGUUAUGAAAUAAAACGUAAUAUAUUUCUAUUUGAUCAACCGUUCUCAGUAAAGUUAAGUGCUUUAAUUACAAUGAUUAUGUUUACAAUAGGUAUUAUAAAUGGUAUUUUUUCAAUUAUAACAUUUAAAAAUAAAACAUCUCAAGCAGUUGGCUGUGGAAUGUACCUUCUUGCUUCAUCGAUAACUUCAUUGAUGAUUGUAAUUUUGUUUACAUUAAAAUUUUGGUUUCUUAUUUUUUCUUAUAUUGAUUUUUUUGCACAACGAUUAAUUCUUUAUUCAAAUUGUAUGUUAAUUGAACCUUUAUUAAAAAUUCUUUUAUACAUAGACAAUUGGUUAAAUGGUUGUGUUGCUGCUGAAAGAGCUUUUGCCGUUUUUAAAGGAGUUUAUUUUGAUAAGAAAACUAGUAGAAAACUAGCUAAAUGGGUAAUUAUUUUUAUGAUAAUUAUUAAUGUUAUACUUCUUAUUCCUCAACUAUCAUAUCUUCAUUUAUUCGAUGAUGAAAAAGAAGAACGUACGUGGUGUGUAAUUCUUUAUUCAUCGUCUCUACAUAUUUAUAAUUCAUUUAUAAUAUUUUUUCAUUUUUUUACACCAUUUUUUAUUAAUCUAUUCUCAGCUAUUUUCAUCAUAAUAGCAACUGGUCGUCAAAGAGGAAUUACACAAACUGAAAAUCUUUAUAUGAAACAAUUUAAAAAUAAAUUAAAACAACAUAAACAUCUUCUUAUUAGUCCUGUAAUACUUAUUUUAUUAUCAUUACCUCGUUUAAUAAUAUCAUUUACAUUGGAUUGUAAAAAAUCAUCGAAACAUUUUUGGUUAUAUCUGAUUGGUUAUUUUGUUUCAUUUAUGCCCUCAAUUCUUAUAUUCGUUGUGUUUGUUUUACCAUCAACCAUUUUUAAAAAAAGUUUUAAAGAAGCAAUACUUCAUGGUCGGCGGCGUAUUCCUCUAUUAAAAAUGAACUUUUAUUCAAAAUAA